UUUCCGGAUACCGGAAGUCAGUAGGAUUCCCAAAGAUGGCGGAGCAAGGUCCGACGGCCAUCGCGACGCGGCUCCGUAACCAGCUGCAGUCGGUGUACAGCCUGGACCCGUUGCGGAACGAGGAGGAGGUGAAGCUGAAGAUCAAGGAGUUGAACGAGCACAUCGUGUGCUACCUGUGCGCGGGCUACUUCAUCGACGCCACCACGAUCACGGAAUGUCUGCACACCUUCUGCAAGUCGUGCAUCGUGAAGUACCUCCAGACCAGUAAGUACUGCCCCAUGUGCAACAUCAAGAUCCACGAGACGCAGCCACUGCUCAACCUGAAGCUGGACCGCGUCAUGCAGGACAUCGUCUUCAAGCUGGUCCCCGGCCUGCAGGAGAGUGAGGACCAGAGGAUCAAGGAGUUCUACCAGUCCAGAGGUCUAGAGCGUGUUGUCCAGCCCAGCGGAGACGACGCGAUGCCCGACUCCACAGGACUGCCCUAUACCAGUUUCGACCACUCCAAGGCUCACUUCUACCGCUACGACGAGCAGGUGUCCCUCUGCCUGGAGAGACACAGCUCAACGCAUCCGGGGAAAGACAAGAACAAGCUGACUCUUCAGCAGAAGUUUGUGCGCUGUUCUGUUCGGGCGGAGGUCAGACACCUCCGGAAGGUCCUCUGCCAUCGGCUUAACGUGGAGAAACACCAGGUCCAGAUGCUCUUCAACAACGAGUCGCUCCCCGAUCACAUGACCAUGAAGCGAUUAUGGCUCUCUCAUUGGUUUGGCAAGGCCCAGCCUCUGGUGCUGCACUACACGGUGAAGGAGAAGAGGAGAUAGGGGAGCCACCACACCAGCUGUAUAUAUUUUGUAUGAUAAAUAUUCUAUUUUAAUAGUGUUUGUGUACAUAUACUUAUUUUCCUUGUUUUGUAUUUUUGAAAAUAAAUUUCAAAUGAAAGGG